AUGGAACAACACUUUUCGGAUGUGAUUUCCAUCGAUUUGAAAAUUCAAAUUUCAAAAGUCAAACUCGAACACAGUUUUUCGAAUUUGGAACUUUUCUGGAUGUAUUUUGAUGGAGCUGUAAGAGAUGAGCAAAUUAAACAAUUAUAAUUUUUUGUAUCCAUUUUCUUAUUUCCCACCCAGAAAAGAGGUGAGGUUUUGCUUUAUUUUUUUCAGAAAAACGAAUUCCAAUUUUCAGAAUUAUAAUGAUUCAUGGUGUAUGUUUGGUCGAUUCUCAAAAUUAUGUAAAAGUUGUUGGACGAAACAUGUUUUGGUGAGUGAAAAAAUUAAUUACAAUUCUGAAAUUUCAGUUUGAAACUGAUAAAACAUCUAUAUUUCUCGGUUUUUUUUUCCGAAAAUCUUGAAAAAUCGUAGAUUUUAUCAUUGUCAAAUUGGAAUUUCAGUGGAAAUGCGGAAGCUUUUUACUAUCUCAAAUCAUUAGACCCCCAAUUUUUCACAUUUUUUUUCGGUAGAUCAAAUGGUUUUUCUCUCUAAAUCUCUCAAUUUUGCAUUGUAUUUCAUCAAUUUUUUUCUAGAAAAUGAUGUCAAAUCUCAAAAAAAUGCGUUGUGAAUUCUGGAAUUUCAUUUGGACAUUUUUUGGUGAGUUUUUUAUAUGAAAAAUUGAAAAUUUAUUAAAAAUUACUUGAAAUUCUGAAAUAUCCAAUGAAAAACGAAUAAAAUUUAGAGUUUUCUUGGUAUUUUUUUAAAUAAAAUAAAUAUUUUUCAGAUCGCUUUGACUUCUGACAACUUCGAAUAUCCACGUGGCAGUUAAAAAGGUGAGUAAACGAAAUGCCCAAUUUUUGAAUUUUUUUUAAAGUGUUUGCGACCUUAUUUUAUGAUGAGAUAACGAAAAAAACAUGCUAUUUAUUUCUCACUAGAAUUAACUUGAAAAUGAAUUUCAAUUUAGUCGAUUAGCUCGAUGCGGGAGCUAUGCCCAAUUUUUUGAAUUUUUAUUUAAAAACUUGGGAUUUUUCAGCAAAAACUCAAUUUUUUGGUUCCAGAUUUGUAGUCAGCAAUCUCGCUUCAACCGGCAUCCAACAAAUUCAACACCGAUUCGAUUAUGAUGAGUAUUUUAUUCGUGAAAUGUUUUCACUGGCAUAAAAAUCGGAAAAAUAUCACAAGAAUUUUGGUGCUUCCGAAGGUUCGAAUAAAACAAAAAUCCAGAUUUUUUGGUGAGUUUUUUUAUAUGAAAAAUUUAAGUUUGAUGAAAAAUAGUAGCUCGAAAUUCUGAAAUAUCCAAUUAAAAACUAAUAAAAUUUAGAUUUUUCUUGAUUUUUCAUUCUUUGAUUAGAAAAUCUUGAAAACUCCGUUUUAUUAGUUAUUUUUUGGAAUUUCAGUGGAGAUGCGGAAGCUAUGCCCAAUUUUUGAAUUUUUAAUAAAGUGUUUGCGACCUUAUUUUAUGAUGAGAUAACGAAAAAAACAUGCUAUUUAUUUCUCACUUGAAUUAAUUUGAAAAUGAAUUUCAAUUUAGAAGUUUUUUCGAAUAACCCUGGAAUCUUCAAUUAUCAGCCAAAAAUCGGGAGCUUUUUGGUGAGUGAAAAAAUGAGUUAGCUGAAAUUCUGAAAUAUCUUGUUUAAAAUUGAUUGAACUUCUGUUUUUCUUGAUCUUCUUUCUGAAAAUCUUGAAAAACUUGAUUUUAUCAGUUUUAAAUUAAAUUUUCAGCUAAGAUGAGGAAACAUUUUGCAAUCUCAAAUCAUUAGACCCCUAAUUUUUCUCAUUUUUUUCUGUAGAUCAAAUGAUUUUUCUCUCUAAAUCUCUAAAUUUUGCAUUGAAUUUCAUCGAUUUUUUUCUAGAAAAUUGUGCCAAGUCUCAAAAAAAUGCGUUGUGAAUUCUGGAAUUUCAUUUGGACAUUUUUUUGGUGAGUUUUUUAUAUGAAAUUUUGAAUUUUAUAAAAAAUUUCUUGAAAUUCUGAAAUAUCCAAUGAAAAACUAAUAAAAUUUAUAAUUUUCUUGAUUUUUCAUUCUUUGGUUAGAAAAUCUUGAAAAUUCUCCAUUUUAUUAGUUAUUUUUUGGAAUUUCAGCGGAGAUGCGGAAGCUAUGCCCAAUUUUUGAUUUUUUAAUCAAAAACUUUGAAUUUUGCAAACAAAUUUUCAAAAAAAAAUGGGGUUUUUAAAUAAAAUAAACCUUUUUUCAGAUCGCUUUGACUUCUGACAACUUCGAAUAUCGACGUGGCAGUUAAAAUGAGUGAGUACACGUUGUGAAUUCUGAAAUUUUCGAAGAUGAUAAAAUUCAGAAUAAAAAUUGCUUAUUCUAUACUCAAAAUGCUCAAAUUUCAUGAAAAUCCCAAAAUUUCCACCCAAAAAUGAAUUUGGAGCAAAAUUUAGAGCAUUUAGAACCCAGAUAUGAAAAAUUGAAGUUUUUUGUGCGAAAACCACUUCCACAUUAUAUUUAGUAUCGAAAUUCUCCAUUUUUGCACCACAAAUUCAUGCCACGUGUCAAAAUUUACCAUAACUCUAAUUUUUCCUAGGCAAAAACAUGGAACAACACUUUUCGGAUGUGAUUUCCAUCGAAGAAACUCUGGAAAAUCUCAAAAUUCAAAUUUCAAAAGUCAAACUCGAUCGCAGUUUUUCGUGCCUGGAAAUUCUCUGGAUGUGUUUCGAUUGAGCAGAAUGAGAAGGGAAUAUAUUAUUAUUCGAAUUCCAAUAAUUAGGUAAAAAUUGAUCCAAAAAUAGAAAAUGAUAUUCAUAGUUUUGGCCCCAAAAAAAUUAAUUGAAAUUCUGAAAUAUCCUGUUUGGAACUGAUUAAACUUCUAUUUUUCUUGAUUUUUCUCUUGAAAAUCUGGAAAAAUGGUUGAUUUUAUGAGUUUUAAAUUGGAAUUUCGGCCGAGAUGCGGAAGCUAUGCCCAAUUUUUGAUUUUUGUUGAAAACUUGCUUUUUUUCUAUAAAAAUUCAAUUUUUUGUUCCAGAUUGUCAGUGUUCAAAUGCUCUCCAACCGACAUCCCAACAAAUUCAACCUCGAUUCAAAUAUGAUAAGUAUUUGAGUCAUGAACUCGUUUUUGCUGGCAAAAAAUUCGGAAAGUUAUCAAUAGAUUUUUGGUGAGUUUUUUAUAUGAAAAAUUAAAAAAAAAUCGGCCCGAGUUUUUUCAAAACAAAAAAUCGGCAAAUUUUCAGACAAACAAUAUCAAUCAAUUCUCAUUGGAAGUUUUUUGAGCAGUGUUAUAGGACAAGUAAUUUUUGGUGAGUGCAAAAAAUAAAUUGAAAUUCUGGAAUUUUAGUUUGAAGCUGAUAAAACUGGGAUUUUCUUGAUUUUUUUAUGGUGAAAAAUCUUUAAAAGACGUAGAUUUUAUCAGUUUCGAAUUGGAAUUUCAGCGGAGACGCGGAAGCAUUUUACAAUCUCAAAUCAUUAGACCCCCCAAUUUUUCACAUUUUUUUUCGGUAGAUCAAAUGAUUUUGUUCUUUAAAUCUCUCAAUUUUGCAUAUGACAAAUUGAAAUUUGAUGAAAAAUAGCUUGAAAUUCUGAAAUUUCCAAUAAAAAACUAAUAAAAUUCAGAAUUUUCUCGAUAUAAUUUCUUGAAUUUUUUCUUGAAUAAUUUCUUGACAAAAUUUCAAAUUUCAAAUUGGUAUUUUUACAGAUCAAUCAGCUAGUUCAUUCGGUGGUAAUACAGUUUCGAUUCAAACAAAAUCUGGACAUUUUUUGGUGAGUUUUUUUUAAUAUGACAAAUUGAAAUUUGAUGAAAAAUUACUUGAAAUUCUGAAAUUUCCAAUAAAAAACUAAUAAAAUUUAGAGAUUUUCUUUGAUUAGAAAAUCUUGAAAAUUUUCCAUUUUAUUAGUUAUUUUUUGGAUUUUCAGCGGAGAUGCGGAAGCUAUGCCCAAUUUUUGAAUUUUUAUUCAAAUACUUUGAAUUUUGCAAACAAAUUUUCAAAAAAAAUGGGGUUUUUAAAUAAAAUAAACCUUUUUUCAGAUCGCUUUGACUUCUGACAACUUCGAAUAUCGACGUGGCAAUUAA